AUAUUCUUAUCCAUCUAUGCAUACGUGUGUUCUGUUCUCUUGCGUGUUUAUUAUGUCUAUGUCUAUGUCUUCUUAAUCGAAUCUAAAUUCCGUGUUUCUUUCUUUCUUUCUUUCUUUCUUUAUUUCUUUGAGGAUUUUAAACCGUGCUUGCUUUGUAUUGAAUUCAACGACGGGGGUGUUGGAAUUUUCGGUAUUAGCGGAGCGUUUUUAGAAUUUUCGAAUAUUCGACAUGAUAUGCUUUCUUUAUCACGUUAUAACUUUUCAUAUAUAUACUCUCUGCAUACAAGGUUUUAGAUUCCAAACGUACUUAUUCAUUCGCCAAUAACUUCUGGUUGAUACAUGGGAGUUUAUUAUUCUUUAAUAGGAAAUGGGGUUGUUGUGGUCUUAACCCAAAGAAUUCGCUAUGCUAAGAUAGGUUUCAAUUUGCCAUUUCUGGUUGAACAUUAGAUUGGAUGUAAGACAAGAUUGAAAGAUGGUUUUGGAGAAUUUUAUAUGGAGUGCACAAUGUUAGAGGCAUGACUAUAAUUCUAUAAAGGGGCAUCUUAUGUUGCUAGCAGAAAUGUCUUGAAAGUUUCAACUAUCCCCUGUUAUUUCAGAGAAUAGAGGUUUUUGAACAGGUUCUUGAAGAAGAUGGAAGUUUGUGAGCCAGUCAAAUCUGAAAAUAGAUUAAAGCACCGCCCCUUGACCCCUAUUAGGUUCUUAAGGGGUCUGAUAUGUUUAGUGGUGUUUCUUUCUACAGCUCUUAUGUGUUUAGUCUAUUUUGUGCCAGUAGCAGUUGUAGGAUUGCGGCUUUUCAGCAUACGUUGUAGUAGGAAGACAGUGUCAUUCAUCUUUGGACUUUGGCUGUCUCUGUGGCCCUCUCUAUUUGAAAAGAUUAACAAAACUAAAGUUGUGUUUUCUGGGGAUGGUGUUCCUAUGAAGGAACGUGUUUUACUUAUUGCUAAUCACAGAACUGAGGUUGAUUGGAUGUACUUGUGGGAUCUCGCACUUCGAAAGGGGAGACUGGGAUGCAUAAAAUACAUCCUUAAGAGCAGCUUGAUGAAACUACCUAUCUUUGGUUGGGGAUUCCACAUUCUGGAGUUCAUUGCAGUUGAAAGGAAGUGGGAGAUAGAUGAGCAAAUAUUGCAACAAAAGCUUUCAACCUUAAAGGACCCUCAAGAUCCCUUAUGGCUAGCUCUUUUUCCCGAAGGAACCGAUUAUACUGAUCAGAAGAGUAAAAAUAGUCAAAAAUUUGCUGCUGAAGCUGGGCUCCCUGUGCUGACAAAUGUAUUACUACCAAAAACAAAGGGGUUUCAUGCUUGCUUGGAAGCUCUGCGAGCCUCAUUAGAUGCAGUAUACGAUGUGACAAUUGCAUACAAGAAUCAGUGUCCUUCCUUUCUGGACAAUGUUUUUGGUGUUGACCCUCCAGAAGUGCACCUGCACGUGCGGCGUAUUCCUGUGGAGGAGAUUCCAGCUUCCGAAACCAAAGCUGCUUCUUGGUUAAUCGACACAUUCCAGAUAAAGGACCAAUUGCUUUCAGAUUUCAAGAUUCAAGGCCAUUUCCCUAACCAACUAAAUGAAAAUGAAAUUUCUACAUUUAAGAGCCUAGUCUCUUUUAUGGUGAUAGUUUCUUUUACUGCCAUGUUUACUUAUUUUACUUUUUUUUCUGUCAUUUGGUUCAAACUGUAUGUAGGUCUAUCUUGUGCAUAUCUUUCUCUUGCAACCCGCUUCAAUUUUCAAUUGAUGCCUUUAACUUACUAUGUUCAUGCACUCCAUAAAAGCAAGAAUCAAAAGAGUGAAUAGUGUUCUCAAUUUUAAAUGUCAAUGUAUGAUCUUGGUCUUGAACUUGAUAUUGAAGUGUGAA